CUCCGGGCGGCGGGCGCCGCGGUGCCUUGUGUGGGAUGUAAGCGCGGAGGCCGAGGCCCGCCGCCAUGGGGCUGAAGGCCGCCCAGAAGACGCUCUUCCCGCUGCGCUCGAUCGACGACGUGGUGCGCCUGUUCGCUGCCGAGCUGGGCCGAGAGGAGCCGGACUUGGUGCUCCUAUCCUUGGUACUGGGCUUCGUGGAGCAUUUCCUAGCUGUCAACCGCGUCAUCCCCACCAACGUGCCCGAGCUCACCUUUCAACCCAGCCCGGCGCCCGACCCUCCCGGCGGCCUCACCUACUUCCCAGUUGCUGACCUAUCCAUCAUCGCUGCGCUCUAUGCCCGCUUCACCGCCCAGAUCAGAGGUGCCGUCGACCUGUCUCUGUACCCCCGCGAAGGGGGUGUCUCCAGCCGCGAGCUGGUGAAGAAGGUCUCCGAUGUCAUCUGGAACAGCCUUAGCCGCUCCUACUUCAAGGAUCGGGCCCAUAUCCAGUCACUCUUCAGUUUCAUCACAGGCACCAAACUGGACAGCUCUGGUGUGGCCUUUGCUGUGGUGGGGGCCUGCCAGGCUCUGGGUCUUAGGGAUGUCCACCUGGCUCUGUCUGAGGACCACGCCUGGGUUGUGUUUGGUCCCAAUGGAGAGCAGACAGCUGAGGUCACCUGGCAUGGCAAGGGCAAUGAGGACCGAAGGGGCCAGACAGUCAACGCGGGUGUGGCUGAGCGGAGCUGGCUGUACCUGAAAGGAUCAUACAUGCGCUGUGACCGCAAGAUGGAGGUAGCUUUCAUGGUAUGCGCCAUCAACCCUUCCAUUGACCUGCACACUGACUCCCUGGAGCUGCUGCAGCUGCAGCAGAAGCUGCUCUGGCUGCUCUAUGACCUAGGACAUCUGGAAAGGUACCCCAUGGCGCUGGGGAACCUGGCAGAUCUGGAGGAGCUGGAGCCUACCCCUGGCCGGCCAGACCCACUCACCCUCUACCAUAAGGGCAUUGCCUCAGCCAAGACUUACUACCGGGAUGAGCACAUCUAUCCCUACAUGUACCUGGCUGGCUACCACUGUCGCAACCGAAAUGUGCGCGAAGCCCUGCAGGCCUGGGCCGACACGGCCACUGUCAUCCAGGACUACAACUACUGCCGAGAAGACGAGGAGAUCUACAAGGAGUUCUUUGAAGUAGCCAAUGAUGUCAUCCCCAACCUGCUGAAGGAAGCAGCUAGCCUGCUGGAGGCUGGGGAGGAGCGGCCAGGGGAGCAGACCCAGGGCGCCCAGAGCCAGGGGUCUGCCCUCCAGGACCCAGAGUGCUUCGCCCAUCUGCUUCGGUUCUACGAUGGCAUCUGCAAAUGGGAAGAAGGCAGCCCCACGCCGGUGCUGCACGUGGGCUGGGCCACCUUCCUUGUGCAGUCCCUAGGCCGUUUUGAAGGACAGGUGCGGCAGAAGGUGCGAAUCGUGAGCCGGGAAUCAGAGGCCGCCGAGGCGGAGGAGCCCUGGGGCGAGGAAGCCCGGGAAGGCCGGCGGCGAGGUCCGAGGCGGGAGUCCAAGCCCGAGGAGCCCCCACCUCCCAAGAAGCCGGCGCUGGACAAGGGCCCAGGCGCGGGGCAGGGCAUGGUGCCAGGACCCCCCCGGAAACCCCCAGGGACGGUCCCAAGCACUGCCCGGGGCCCUGAAGGCGGCAGCAUGGCCCCAGCUCCUGCGCCUGCCGCGUCGCCACCUCCAGAGGGUCCGGUGCUCACUUUCCAGAGCGAGAAGAUGAAGGGCAUGAAGGAGCUGCUGGUGGCCACCAAGAUUAACUCGAGCGCCAUCAAGCUGCAGCUCACCGCGCAAUCACAAGUGCAGAUGAAGAAGCAGAAGGUGUCUACACCCAGCGACUACACUCUUUCCUUCCUUAAGCGGCAACGCAAGGGCCUCUGAGCUGCACACUGGGACUCCUUAUUAGCUCAUCCGAGCUGAUGUUCAGUCCCGAUCCAGGCUCCACCCCAGCCCUCCCUCAGCGAGCCUAGGUUCCGCCCCAGCCAAUGGGACUUAGGCCGGGCCCCCGGGCCCCACCCCUACCCGGAAUCUAGGCUUGGGUGCCCUGGUCCCCGAGUCCCACUACCCCAGCGCUAUACUGGAAUAUAGGUCCCAUCCCCAGCAUCCCAGCUGGCCCGUUGAAACCUCACCUGGGCCCCAUAAAGGUCCAACCACGGGAAACUCAGGCCCCACCUCAGAAUCCAGGCUCUAACCGUAGGCCUGACCAGUGUUGCUCUGGGUUGCUCUUAGCCCAUGGGGCUGAAGUUUCACCCUAAACUCCGGACGCGCAGGUCCCGCCUCCAGCCCAGGAACUUAUGGCCCCGCUCGUAGAAUAUUUCCGCACUUCACAAUUACAUCCCUUGGGAAUCCAAGCCCCCUACCCUCCAAAAUUUUAAAGGAGCGCUUUCAGAAUUUGGAAAUUCUAGCUUUCUCCUUUCCCUGUCCCACGAGUCCGGGAUACGAAAGUCCUCCAGCCUCUGUGAAUUCUGAGCUCCGCCCCCUUCCUGACCAACUGGCUCCAGAUCAGAGCAGACCUCUCUUCCGACCCUCUGGGAACCUUCGCUAGGUCCAGCCCGUCUCGGGGGACCCAGGAGGAAAUCUGCCGGGGUUUGUGAUUGGAUGAGGGGAGCCUGAUCUCUGUUUUGUACAUAGAUU